AUGGAUGGUCGUGCUUCGUCAGACUCUUGUUCGCAUCUUCCCGAUGUUGAUGAACCCGGUAUUGAUGAAUCCGAAAUGGCUCCUCUCAAUCCAACCACCACCACUGUACAUGACUUGAACGGCGUCGAGUAUGGCGGCUCUGCGACGCCGCUCCAAUACAAAAUAUACAAGCGACGCUUCCUCGGUCUAUCUGUCCUUGUUCUGCUCAAUAUCAUCGUCAGCUGGGAUGUAUGUUUGACUGCUUGUGUGAAUAUCGUGAUGCGCACUUUACUGAUAGCGAGCAGUNGGUUGACCUUCUCGGCCGUCUCGAGCACUGCUGCCCAAUUCUACCAAGUAUCCGAAAGUGCUAUCAAUUGGCUUAGUACUGGUUUCCUCUUUGCGUUCAUCGCUGCUUCUCCGUACGCCUCCCAGACAUUACUAGAUUACCAGUCUCAUCUUGCGACUAAUACCCUGCCCCCAGAUNUUACUAUAUGGGCGUUGCACAAAGGCCCCAAGGUCUCAAUCGUCGUUUCCGCCCUCUUGCUAUUCAUUGGAAACUGGAUCCGGUACGCCGGCACUCGUGCUGGCUCUCAUGGUCACUUCUCAGUCGUCGUCUUAGGUCAGGUCAUUAUAGGUUUCGCUCAACCCUUUGUGCUGGCUGCACCGACUCGUUAUAGUGAUCUAUGGUUCCCCGAGAAGGGUCUGUUUGGGCGGGUGUCCGCUACAGCUAUAGCUUCGCUAGCCAAUCCUCUGGGUGGCGCGCUGGGUCAACUCAUUGGCCCUAUAUGGGCCACGAACCCGGCAGAUGUACCAAAUAUGGUCCUCUACACCGCAAUAGUUUCAUGCGUGGCAUGCUUGCCCUCUUUCUUCAUCCCCUCCAAACCACCAACUCCUCCUUCCUACUCUGGAGAUAUACAGAAGCUUGAUAUAUCUCAGUCACUGAAGCUGCUCAAAGACAACAAGGCUUUCUCUCUGCUGCUCACCGCUUUUGGAGUUUACGUUGGCUGUUUCAAUGCUGUGUCAAGUCUCAUCAACCAGAUCUUGGAACCGUACGGUUUUACCGAGACAGACGCCGGCAUAGCAGGUGCCAUUCUGAUUUUCGUCGGCCUAGGAGCUUCGGCAAUCGUUUCACCGUUCGUCGACCGCACGAAACGAUAUCUGCUGACCAUCACGCUUUUGGUGCCAUUGAUAGCGGCUGGCUAUGUUUUGCUCGUCUUCAUGCCCGAGACACGCACGGUGGCAGGACCAUAUGUGAGAGCCGCUUCCUUCUCUCUGCUACCCUGCGCGCUCGAAUAUCUGGUCGAGAUCACUUAUCCAGCCAGUCCGGAAGUGAGCAGCACAAUAUGCUGGGCUGGGNGGCAAUUGUUCGGUGCCAUCUUUAUCAUCAUUAUGGAUGCACUCAAAGGCGUUCUUUACACGCAGCCCAAAGGCUCCAUGAAAUGCGCUUUGAUAUUCCAGGCUGUGGUCAGCGUUUCCGCUAUCCCUUGUGUCGUUAUGCUGUGGUUUUUGGGCAAAGGGAGUAUCGCAUUGGGGCGCCGUAGUGCUGAAAAUGGUUCGACUGCUUUGGAGGGCGACAGCUCGGAGCUUCAGCCUUAG